AUGUAUUUGGCUACACCACGGUCUGAGCGAGCAAGGCCAGAAGCUAUAUCCAUCUGCUGUCGAGCCUUCACGGAAGUCCAGAAGGACACCUUCGCCGCUUUUGAAAGAAUGGAUACUACUCCGAGCAUCUCCUACAAUCAACACCUAAUCCUCUGCUCCUCGCUGUUCGUUUUUACAAAACUCGACCGGGCCUCUGGGAAUUCCCUCCUACAGAUGGCGGGCGAUCACAAAAUCAGUUCUUCGCCAUUGCCUGCUCAAGAUGCAUUGCACAUGAGGGCGAAAAUGGACCCAGCGGGUUUCAUAUCCGCCACUUCCUCUACCUUAUGUGAUUUGGCAAAGGUCAUGUACUGGCUCAAUGUUGCUGUCGUGCUGUUAGCGAAUAUCCUUGGGUUUGCCGGACAAGAUUUCGCCUGGAAGAUGUCCCAGGUAGCUGGUCUAUUGAACGAGACGACGUUUGGAUUCCUUGUCGAGAUAAUUCCGUUCAUUGUGCCCAUUCUGAAGCACGAGACAUCCGUCCCUCGAGAGAGCAGCGAUGAAAACAAUCUCAUCCCUAUCAUCCAAGCCCCGAUUCUCGGGAGCAUCUUGACGAACUUGUUACUUUGCCUUCUUCGGCAAUGGACUACUUUUAGUUGCUGCCUUCGGACUCUUGAUCCCAAGUACCUUAGACUCUGCCCUCAAGUCCGAGACAAUUUCCAACCUCCCUGGGAUCUAGUCAGACAAUCUCGAUUGCUCUCAUUGUUGCAUUUAUACUUCACGUCUGGGCCUCUGGCGAUUACAGUGAUUUACCGGGAGCUAUUACUAGCAAAAGCGAUAUGUGGCUGGUGGUACGGCUGGACGUCCUAUAGGGGUGCCUUUACCAGCAGAAGCUCUGCGCGUAUUACAGGCAUCUUCGAUGAGGUCAUUGAGAUAGACGAGCAACGCGACGCUGACCGUAAAGGGGAUAUGGAGAAGCCCAAGUUCACCUUGACUGGAUCUAUAAUCGUCCUAUUCAUAUCAUGGUACUACGUUCCGGACCAAUCCUCAGGACUCAAACUGCUCCCUCUGUACAUGAUUGACAACUACAUAGACAUGAGGUCAUCACGUUACACUCUACCAUUGCCUGGCUCCUUCCAUCCAUGCGGCUCUCCUCAACGGGCCACGGUCGUUUUGGUUGAACGGGCUCUGGAGAACCCCAUGGAUCUCGACUGUCGGACAUUAAUGAUAGCUCUUCUCGUCCUAUCAAUUCUCGUCUGCGCGGUCGCUGAACGAUUCAGGUUUGUCAACGCCACAAUCAGUAUUGCGGCACUUCAAGAACUCCAACAGCUGUUGCGGAAAGGCCAAGUAGCUUGGAUUAAAGUUUGUUGA